AUGGAGUCCUCUCAUGGUGUUCCACCUGACUCGAGCGGCGGCGGCCUCGUCGUCGACGGCGGCGCGAGGCUGUUCCCGUGCCUCUUCUGCAGCAAGACGUUCCUCAAGUCGCAGGCGCUCGGGGGCCACCAGAACGCGCACAAGAAAGAGCGCGUCCUCGAUGGGCGCUGGAACCCCUACGGCACCUACGCCGCCGCGCUCGAGCUCGAGCUCGAGGUGGCGCGCGUGGCCGCCGGCGGCGGCGCGGUUCCGCCCAAGUCCACGCUGGUGGCUGGUGGCGCUCAGCGCUGCGCUGGGACAGACGUCGUCGCACAUGGCGCCAGAGCUGGGGAGGCGUCGUCGUACUACAGUUCCGCUGCCGGCACCACCGCCGCGGCGACGACGCUGCCGCCGCGCUUGGAGCUUGAGAUGUGGACCGGCCCUGCGCCGGCGACCGCGGACCACGAGUGCGGCGACGGUCUGAUCGAUGUCGACGUGAUCAACUGGACCAGGGUUAUGCUGCUGGCACGCGCGGAGGCACCCAAGAAGGCGACGACGACCGAAGAGGAGGAGCCCGACCUCGAGCUGAGGCUGUAA